GCAACACACUGAGCUGAUCAAGGUGUGAGCGAGCUCUCUGAUAUAUAUCCAUAGAAAAUAUUGUGAUUGUACGUGGCGAUGAGGAAGCGCGCCACGUUUGUCGAGCACCUGGAAAAAGGGAAGCUUGUUAAAAAAUGGAAGUGGUCACAUUUUAAUGAGGUAAGACAACAACACGAGAACUAAUGGGAUGAACAUAACUGAUUUAGAUUUAUUCUUCUUUCAAAUGGUGAAAAUAUUUAUUUUUAGGUCUGCAGAGUCUAACAAGAGUUACAUGGAGGGUGAGUCAAACCCCUGUUUUAAAUGCCAACUGUAAAUAGAAUAAACCUGUCUUGAUUAUUGAAUUUCAAAUGGAUGAUUUGAAUGUGGAAUAAAAGCAACUGCAGGUGUUUGUUUUCUCUUUGAUGACUAAACCAAACCUUUUAUUCUCAGUCUAAUGCCCGUAUAAUGUGCUGGAAGUAUUUAAAUGGUAAACGGAAAUUUACUGUAACUAUGGUUAAAAGUCCUAUGUUUUAAAGAAAAACACAUUUUUGCAGGAAAAGACAAAAUUAUCAAAAGUUGAAGUAUCAUUUGUGUAGAAUGGCUCUGUUCAUAUUAUAUAUACAAAGGAUUAUUACUUUUAAGUACAUCAACAACACAAGCAGCAUUUUAAUGCUGUAACUACUUGAGGUGGAGCUACCUUCAAGAACUAUGAAUACACAGCAUAUUUGUUAACAAGAGAUCAUAUUCUAGGAGCUGAUAUUAACAUCUGGAUGAGAAAUAUAAAACAAUGUAUUAGUAAACUGUACAGAUGUAGAAUAAAUGCACAUGAAAAGGCAGAAUGUCAGGGUACAUAACACAUGGACAUACAUGACCUGAGCACUGGAUCCCUGAUAUGAGCCCAAGCCACCCAGACUGUUUACUGCACAACAUCCUCCUCUCUCCCAUACGUUCUCAUUUGAUCAAACUGUCGGUCUUGUUUCUUCUUUGUAAAGCACUUAGCAAUAUUUUAUUAUAAGAAAAGUCCUGUAAAAAUAAAUCUAAAUUAUUAUUAUUCCAUUUUCUGUUGCUCUCUUAUGAUGCUAUCUAAUAAAGUUUUAAGGCCCAAAACAAAAAACUUUUAUAUUGUGUUUUCAUGGAUGUAUCAGAGUAGAAGUAUAAAUCUGAAUAAAAUGAAUAUGCUUAGCCUAAGUUUAAAUACCUCAGAAUUGUAAAGACAAAAGUAAUCAUUUUUAUGUAGUGAAUUCACAUUAGGGAAACAGAGUUGUGGGUGCAUCACCCAGAAACAUGUUUAUUCUUACCAAUGCAUUUACCUGAUGAAAUCCAGUAAACCCAUAAUGUCGCUAUAAUAUAUGAUAUAAUAAUGGUUGGAAUGAAAUCCUUUCCAGUAGUGUUAUGUUUAAACUCUGCUGCUUAAACACAGUAACACUACAGAUGAUCUAAAUAGUCGGAAAUGAGGCGUUGUCUUGUGACUUGUUUCCCUUGCCAGGCCUGGAGUGUUCACCAGGUCAGCAGGGGAGAAAGAUGUGCAGAGGAACACACACACAUGUGCCUGCAGGCGGUCAGCACAUGAAGACAAUACACAUGUCCAAAUCUGUGAUGUCUGCACCCUUCUUACAGGUAACCGCAUGAAGCUGGAACAGAUGCUCAGUUUUCAUCUUGUCAUGUUCAAUGUCUAUAAAAUGGUUUAAAUGAGAUCAUUAUGAUAUUUGUCACGUGCAACGAGAUCACUGCCAUCACAUCAGUUCUGGUGUGAUGGCAGUGAUGUCUCAGCACCCUGCCCUCACAGCUGGACAGAGACGCUUCCUCUGCAGCAUAGCUAAUGUGUACAGUACCGAGCACAUGAGACGCCAGAUGAAGCAGCACUAUCUCAAUGUGCUGCACUCGUGUGUCCAGUCAGGUCAGAGUCCCUCCUGCAGGAGGGGGCAUCAGCGUGGAGACAGCAGCACGCUUACACAGGAUGCAGGGAAGGAUGUGGAGGCAAGGGCGAAGCCACAAGGGCAGAGGAAAGGCAGCAGCAGCAGCAGCAGCAGCACAGCCAAUCCUGAUGUCAUACUUCCCAAAAUAGUCAACCGAGGAGGGAUAUGAUGGCGGAUGGUUUAACUCGGCUUUAAGGACCUUAUACGAUGAGGGUUUAUGUUGAUCUUUGUACCAACACCUUCUGUCUGGUUGCACAGUUUUUCAAAUAUGAAUUUUGAAUGUCCUCCUUACAAAGAAUGGUGUGUAGGCGUGGUUUCAUACAACACUCCACAUAUUAGAAGCUGCUGCUUUCACAGUCCUACUUCUGUUUGUUGGAUGUUUAGUUGUAGUUGUCGUUAAAAGUGUUCUUCUAUUCUUUAACAUGCUACCAUCCAUAACACAAUAAUAAAUAUUGGAUUGUGAUAUUGGAUAUUCUACUGUCACUGAGUUCUUAGUCAGAAUUUAUAUUAUACAGUAUAUGUGUUAAUGAUACAGGUUUUAUUUGGACUUUUUCACCACUUGAAAUGGAAAUGAAGAUUGAUGUAGUUUUCAUUAGAGGAAGCAUUAUUCCAUGAAUUAAUGUUGCUACGUUACUUAUUUGUAUGUAGUGAUUCUAAACCUUUACAUGUUAUAUUUUAUUGCGCUACCUACUAGUUAGCUAGUUUAAUAACUUAUUCUGUACAGUUUUACUAUAACAUCUGCUACUAGCUUUAUGCUAACUGGUGUAGAACAAUGUUGACUGUCCCUGUUAAAUAAAACAGUACAUAAAGCUUAAGGUUAAUACAUUUAUUACAUUUUAUAUGUGACUGAGCGCCUUCAGGCUAAACUAGCCUCAUGUCAAUAUGACUGUAUUUACUUCAGCUAAGCUAUUUAGCAUAUCAGCCUGUUAGCAUCUGCUCUCUGAGCUCCUGGUUGAGUUACAGCAAGUAUGAAGUGUGUCCUCGAGGGAAAUGGUGUAAAAGUUUUUGGAAAAGCUGUUCAUGCCCUGUCACGGAUUGGAGAAGAGCUGUGGUUGGAUCCUAUGGUUAAAGGGUUGGCGCUGAGAUCAGUGAACGCCGCUCACUCUGCAUAUGCCUGCUUCCUUUUCACGCCAAUGUUCUUCCAACACUACAGCCUGGGAUCUGGCUCAGAGCCGGCCCGUGAAACCAUCAAAUGCAAACUGGUCAUUAAGUCAGUGCUACCCCUUUUCCGGUGUUUGACUGCCAUUGAGCGUAAUGUCGAACGAUGUCAGAUAACAAUCAGCACUCCCACUGACCGAGUGAUAAUCCAGUUUUUCUGCAAACAUGGCAUCACCAAGACUUACAGCCUCCGCUUCCAGGAGAGUGAGGCUCUGCAGGCGGAGUUCGCCUCACACCUCUGCCCCAAUGUGCUGAAGGCCCCUGCUAGACUUCUCAGUGAUAUGGUACUGCAUUUCCCAGUGUCCCUGGAGGAAAUCACUCUGUCUGCCACUCCUCUGAGAUUCACUCUGAGAAACUACCACGAGGCGGGAAACGAUCACAUGAAGAUGAUGUACACUGAGAUGUCCUUACACCCUGAUGAGUUUGACUCCUUCCAGGUCGGAGCGGACUCAGACAUAACCUUCUGUCUGAAGGAGUUGAGGGGUUUUCUGUCCUUUGCGGAGUCACAUUGCCUUCCAGUGUCGGUCCACUUUGCUGCUGCAGGAAAGCCUGUGUGUUUCUCCAUGGAGGACAUGGUCCUAGAGGCCACUGUACUGCUGGCUACUCUGAUCGACUCUGAAAACACGGGCCCCUCUCAGCCUGUCGGCCCCCCGGCCCCCACUUCACCCAGAUGUGCAGAUGUUGCUGCUCUACCUGUGGUCUCUCAUGAGGGAGACAGCAGGGAGUCCCAGAAUGUUCCUGCUGUGAUGGAGCUGAUCACAUCCAGUCAGGGCAGCCCUAUCAUCAACCCACCUGCUCUCAUGCACCUUCUGUCUUCAGCUGACGAUCCUCACGGACUAGACGUACCCGAUGAGGCCAGUGCCAUGGCAACCCCUGCGUCUACCAUGAUCUGCUCCCUGCUGUUCAGGGCUUUGGCGUCAGAGCAGGAAGACGAUGGCUGUGAUGUCAGUCUUCCUGUUCUGGCUUGUUACAGUGACACAGAAGACGAUUUGGAGGGAGACUAUACAAGAAGCCCUUCACUGUGAAAAGAGAGUGAAGGGAUGUGAAUUUCAUCAUCUGGACCUAAAAGUAGACCCUACGAUUCAACUGUAGUCUGAACAAGUUAUGCUCAACUAUAUUAAUAUAUCCAUAUAAUACAUACUCAAUGCAGUUUGCAUUUUAAAUUGGUUGUAGGUGUUUUGUUCUUAACUUAAAUGUUUAAAUUAUAUUCAGUGUUCAGGUUCCCCACAAUGUUCAGUUGGAAAUGACCAAAUCUAUUUACGAUGCUUAUUUGUAAUAAGUGUAUAUAAACUAAUUUGUUUUGGCUGUUU